UCUGUCUGACUGAGACCUGCUAGAGGACUGGAACUGCAAUCAUGGAGAAUGACUCUCAUUCCAGCAGUCAGCAGGCGCUCCACACAGAUGUUGAGCUCGGAAAAAAGAAAAAUGCUGGAUACUGUAGUUACCAUUGUGUUGGCCUAAUUCUGGGCUUGGUUUUCCUCAUGCUGACACUUUGUGUCUUUAGCCUGAGGUACAUUUGGAGCACAAGCCCUGGAAAGAUGUACACUUACGAGUACAAGGCAGUACUAGAUGGUGUGGAGACUGACAGCAUGAUGGAGAUCAAUCCUGCCAAACAGCUGGAAAUCCUCAGAGUGGGCAAUGGCAGUGAGGAGGUCCUGGAGAUCCAUGAUUUUCGAAAUGGACUGACGGGUAUCCAUUUUGCCAAACAUCAAAGAUGCUACAUCAGGACUCAGACCAGGGAGCUGCCCAAACUGCCAAAAGUAGACCUGAAGAAGGCAGAUUAUGAGGUUGAUGAACCUGGAGAGGUGGAUAUGCAGAUGGUGGACUCUUAUGUUUGGAUCCCUGCUAAGCAGCCUAUCAAUAACAGAGCAUUUUUGCAAAACUCCAAGAUUUGGGAAAUAUGCCAAGAACUGCCCAUCCACUGGAUACACCUAUCUCCUCUUAGAGAUGCUACGUUCAGUGACGUGGAGGAUGUAAAAAUGCAGGACACCCUAGACACACAGGCUCAUGCAGUACGUCAGGCCAGGGACGUCAUGGAUGAAUUGCCAGUAAAUGACUAUAGUGAAAUUGGUCUUCAGCUGGACAGCAGCCUAGAGGAGCAGGGCUUCUGCUGCCAAUACUGCCGGCGCGGGUACCGCUACUGCCGCCGCUACCAUGAGCCACUGCUUGGCUACUGGCCAUACCCAUAUUUUUACCAAGGAGGCAGGGUCAUCUGUCAAAUUGUCAUGCCAUGUAAUUGGUGGAUUGCACGGAUGCUGGGCAGAGUGUGAGAGAGCAAGAAACCAACUAAAUAUGGUGCUGUGCUGCCUCGGUGAAAAUGUUCAAAUAUUCAUAUUAAAAACAUAUUAAAAAAUGCAUGAUUUUGAUCACUUUUACUGACUUCAUUCAUGCAACAGACAUUCAAAGAACAUAUUCCCUUUUAGCCAUAAAAUCAGUGUUCAGGAGAGGAAUUAAAAGCUAAUGGCUCUUUAUUGAGUAAUCAAUUAUGAGUGUCAGUAGAGUGCUCUAUAAAGUUGUAUCGUCUGCAUGGCUUCCACUAUGUUUUAAGCCCCUGUUUGGUUUAUGUUCUAAUCAAUAGUAGAUGAAAGGCAUUGUAUAAACUUGCAUAGAUAAUAUUGAUUUACAUAUAAUUUCAGUACACAGAAUAUUAUUAAACUGAAUCAAGGCAAAAUUAGCAGCUGGUCUUUUGCUUUUAUUGCUCUUUUUUCUAUCUCUAUUACCAACACAAUUCUCGCUAUCAUAUACCAUACCAUUCUAUUGCACCUACUUUUACAGUGAAUGCUGGUUGCAUACAGUAUCCU